GACUCGCGAAUUCGACGGCCCCGAGUUUACCCACUAUGAUGCUAAAACCUUGUUUAAUAGAGAUACAAAUGAGUAAUCGAAGUAUGAGAUUGUUACGCAGGGCUCUCCGUGAUCUUCCAUACUUUCGCUCCACUUUCCUACCAGUCUGCUCACCCUUUGGUCAUGCCCUGCAGCGUACAUUCACGAGCACCGGAAAGAUAGAUGCAUCACGCCCCACUUUUAUUAUUGAUACUCGAAACGCCCGACAGAGCGCAUCCGGAAAAACGGAUUUAAUGGAUACAGAGUUGAAUGAGCUAGUCAAAGACCAGUCACCGCCUGUUCAACUAAAGAUUGUGGAUGCUUAUCGGAAGGGACUUCAAUCUACUACGGAAACUGACAGAAAAAACAAAAGAUUCCAAACAAUCAUAUACACUUUUCUAAAGAUAACUCUAUACGGCGUCAUACUUUACGUUUUACUUCGAUCUUCAGACAAACUCCUUGGUGGUGCUCUUCCAAGGAUGUUAGAUCCCAGUAUUGCAUCUUUCGCAGAGAACGCUGAUGUUGAUUUUAAUGACGUUCAGGGCUGUGAUGAGGUGAAGAAGGAACUGCAAGAUGUUGUUGAGUUUCUUCGUAACCCAGAAAAGUUUAACCGCAUUGGUGCGAAGCUUCCAAAAGGAGUUUUAUUAGUUGGGCCUCCAGGUGUCGGGAAGACUUUGUUAGCGAAAGCCAUCUCCGGUGAGGCACAGGUCCCCUUCCUCUAUGUUUCCGGGAGCAGCUUUGAAGAGGUAUUCGUGGGGAUGGGAGCAUCUAGAGUGCGCCAACUGUUUGCAACUGCUAAGCAGAACGCCCCCUGUCUCAUCUUUGUUGACGAAAUUGAUUCCGUUGGCCGUAACCGAACUUCCUCGCCACAUCACCCCUACGCUAAUCAGACAAUCAAUCAACUACUCGCUGAAAUGGACGGCUUCCAACCCACUGAAGGAAUCAUAGUAUUGGGUGCUACCAAUCAGGCAGAUGAUUUGGAUAAAGCGCUGCUCCGACCAGGGCGCUUUGAUGUUCAGAUUCACGUUUCACCACCAACAUUCGAGGGUCGCGUCGCUUUGUUAAAUCUGUACUUACAAAAGGUGAAGACCACGUCGGACCUCGAUGUCGUCAAAUUAGCUCAUGGAACCGUUGGUUACACGGGAGCAGAUAUCCAAAAUUUGGUCAAUCAGGCGGCCAUCGCUGCUAGUUUAAAGAACGAUCUUGCAGUCGGAAUGCAUCACCUGUGGGAAGCACGGGAUCGAUUGUUGAUGGGACCAGCGAAAAAGAAACCGCUGGACGAACACACGAAUCGCAUCUCCGCUUAUCAUGAGGCUGGUCACGCGCUGGUCGCUUUGUUAACGCCAGACAGCACCCCUUUGCACAAGGUGAGUUGCACUUAUUCCCUUUGGACAUCUCUACAUUGUUCGUAUUUCAUUGACACCUGAUCCCCCCUGUGGUCUCUUGCCACGCACUGUUUGCUUUCUUUUCAACAUUGACUCAUCGGUUGGCAUAAAAUCUUUUAAACGGCACUGAGCCCAAUGAUAAUAUCGGACUCCCCAUUACUUCUUUGGCGACUGCGUACUCUCUCUGUUUGACAAAUUGUGUGUAUGUCUCCGGUCGGCCUACCGUUUUGCGCUAUCCGGUAAUGCGCUGUAUUUUGACGAUCGUCACAGACGAUAUUGAAUGAUUGCUAGCAGUAAAGCUGAAUACCAGUAUCUCGGGUUGUUAACCGAUGUUUCUUUAGUACGCAGUGAGGAAGUCACCUCGAUUGGUGAUGAAGUGUCUGCGACGAAAUAGUUCGGCUCGGAGAACAAACCUAAACCUCAAUAUUGAAUGAUCGUCAAGAUGCUUGUUUAUGCCAUAUAGGCUCGUAUGCACCUGUUGGUACCGCAGCUAAUGGCCAUUAGAGGUAGAGCGCGCGCGAACAACACUACUUGGGCGGGUCCAUCUGCUUCGCUUUCUUUUAUUCACUGCCUACAUGAUUUCGCGAGACGCCGCUUUCCCUCGCUUUUUCCACUGCAUGUUCCGGGUAACUCUUUCUCCGGUUUUACUUCAUCUUACUGUUAUGCAUGAGAAAUUAACGUCAGAUCCUGUGGUUACUUUUGCAAUCUUCUCUGUGGCUACAUCAGUGCUAUCACCUCGUUUGUUUUCACGUGAACCACGAAAAGUUUCACUUUGCCUCCCCCCUCCCCACGGCUCUCCCUAAUGUUUAACCUUUCGUCUUGUAGGUGACUAUUAUUCCACGGGGAGAGGCGGGUGGGCACACCAGCUUUUUGCACGAUAAAGAUUUCAGUUUCUGGACUCGUUCCCAGCUACUCGCUCAGCUAGAUGUUCUCAUGGGUGGUCGAGUUGGUGAGGAGAUUGCUUUUGGUGCAGAAAAGGUGACCACUGGAGCUGGAGACGAUUUCCGAAAAGCCACUGCGUUGGCACACAGUAUGAUCGUUCGAUUUGGACUUUCUUCCAAACUGGGUCCCCGUGUCGUUGCAGACAUGCGAGAAGAUCAGCUCGGUCAAGGCACGCGUGAUUUAAUCGACCAAGAAGUGGACCAGUUACUCAACAACUCAUUGGCUCGUGUUCGUGCACUGCUCAAUAGUCAUGUGAAGCAGCACAAACUUCUUGCGGAAGCCCUGCUACACUUUGAAACGUUGACGAAAGAAGAGGUCGCGGACGUAUUAGCUGGAAAGUUGAAGCCGCCAAAAAACACACCUCCUCCGAUUGGCACUGUACCUCCGCUCUCCUCCGUUGGGGCGCAAAGUUCUCCAGUUCCGCAUGUCCAUGCCUCAUGAUAGAUUAUCCACCUUGGAUCUCUAUUUGUGAAUGCAAUUGUAUGAAGCAUAACCUGUCUUUCUUUGCUGUUGCUUCAUUUCAUCGGAAUGAUUUCCGGUUUUUCGACCGAAAUACAGUACUCUUUUGUCCCCAAUC